AUGCACAGCAAUCUCGUGGUACUCACCAGGCUCUCCGUGUGGGACCAUCCUCAGGAACAGCGAGUGCUCCUCAGUGAAAGCGGCUCCAAGCUGCAGCCUUCACUAUUCCUCAGCCUGCACCUUCUGAUAGAGGCGAGCCUGGCGGGUCAUGAAAGACCUAAAUGUACUCGCCGCAGCGACAAAGACUCCUCUCACGUCCUGAAGAGAGGUCGAGACAUUUCUUUGUUAAAUUUCAUCCAGCACCUGCUCUCGUCACUGGGCCUCGAGGGUAACUUUUUAAACAGAUGUUCACUCAGAAGACUUUAUAUCUGCUCAGAUCCUCCGGAGAUCAGCGUCUACCCGAAACACGACGUGGUGCCUGGAGAAGAAAAUAACUUCAUCUGCUUCAUGAGGAAUUUCUAUCCUCCACACAUCAGCGUGAACUGGACGAGGAACGGUGUGUCCGUGACAGGGGGAGUGUACAUCAGCCAGUUUUUACUAAACAGAGACGGAACCUUCAACUUGUUCUCCACACUGACGAGUUCUCCGGAGACUGAAGCAGAUGUUUACAGCUGCACGGUGGAGCAUGAAGCUCUGGACUCGCCUCAGACUAGAACAUGGGAUGAACCAGUGAUAACUCCGAGUGUGACUCCGACGGUGGUGUUUGCGGUGGGAAUUGCAGUGGGAAUACUGGGAUUAUCCACGGGAAUGUUCUUUGUCAUUAAAGCAUGGUGUUUAUAUUAUGAAUGUAAUUCUCUGCUGUAGGAAUAUAUUUGUAAA